ACAUAGCGUACUUUGUAGAUUCUGUUAAUAUUCUCAAUCAAAAAUGAGAUCAGUUUAUUUGAGUUCAUUGCUUACUUUUUGUUUAAGCCUCUUCAUUAUAAUAGAAUCAUCCGUCAUUCCGGCCGGAAUAGAUGAUUUUGAGAUUGCCAAAAAGUAUUAUAAUUUCAUCGAGCAGCCACAGCAGCCAUUUGAUAAUGAAAAAAAGAGCCAAGGAGAGAUUGUAUAUCCUAGACCGAACACAACUUGGCGUGUUGGUGAAUAUGUCAAUGUGACUUUUAAACCGCAAACCAAGGAUCAAACAGUUGAUAUAUUCUUUUUCAACAAAACCGGUUCUUUGGCCCAUGGUUCACUGAAUGAAAUUCAAAACUUUCCCUUCAUAGUUCCUCCUGAAGCAAUAAGCACACCUGCUGCUAAAGGAACUUCUCUGUUGCUAGCAGUUAGACGGAAGAACAGUUAUCUUCAGACAGUCGAUUCAGUGGUAGUCAAAGUUGAGCCAUAAUUCUUUUUAUUAAGAUUUAAUAAAAGCGUAGCUGCAUAAAUCUUUCAAAACCUGUUAGAAUUUUGUAUAGCUGUUAUUCAUAAUUUCGAUCAGACGUUGAUCGCAUUUUCAGGUUCUUAAUCGUUUAAUGGAUUCUCAUAAAGCUAUAAGGAGAGGUUGGGCAAGAGACAUUAUUUUAUGCAUGAUUUGAGGGACUAAAGGCAACUUUUGCUGCUAUUUUAU